CUCAGUUUCACACAGUCCUUCUCUAACCCUCUGGUCUUCUUUGACUUUUACUUCUUCUCUUCAACUUCCUCAUUUUUGAGCAAACCAAGCUAUCAUGUCUUGCCAGUCUACAGUCAGGUUUCAAAGAAGUGGCCGGAGUGGCUUCAGUGCUAACUCUGCCAUCACUCCCGGCAUCAACCGGUCAGGCUUCAGCUCUGUGUCCGUGUGCCGUUCUGGGGGCAGUGGUGGCUUUGGAAGGUCUUGUGGAAUCUCUGGGGGAGCUGGUUUCGGCAGCCGAAGCCUUUACAACCUAGGGGGGUCCAAGAGGAUCUCCAUCGCAGGGAGCAGCAGUGGCUUCCAGAGUGGAUGUGGUGGAAGAAUGGGAGGUGGAUUUGGUUUCGGCAGUGGAGUCAGUGGUGGCUUCGGAUAUGGUGGUGGAGCUGGCUUUGGUGGUGGCUAUGGAGGAGCUGGGUUUCCUGUCUGCCCCCCUGGUGGAAUCCAAGAAGUCACUAUCAACCAGAGUCUUCUGACUCCCCUCAACCUACAAAUUGACCCCACCAUCCAGAGGGUGAAGACUGAAGAGCGGGAGCAGAUCAAGACCCUCAACAACAAAUUUGCUUCCUUCAUUGACAAGGUACGAUUUCUUGAACAACAAAACAAGGUUUUGGAUACCAAAUGGACACUGCUCCAGGAACAGGGCACCAAGACUGUGAAACAAAAUUUGGAGCCAAUGUUUGAAGCCUAUAUUAACCAACUCAGGGGGCAAUUGGACAGAAUCACACGUGAGAAAGGUUCUCUGGAUUCUGAGUUGAGAAAUAUGCAAGAUCAAGUGGAAGACUUCAAGAACAAGUUCGAAGAUGAAAUCAACAAGCGCACAGCAGCAGAGAAUGAAUUUGUGACACUGAAGAAGGAUGUUGAUGCUGCCUACAUGAAUAAGGUGGAACUGCAAGCCAAGGCAGACUCUCUCCUAGAAGAUAUCAACUUCUUAAGAGCUUUCUAUGAAGCAGAACUGGCCCAGAUGCAGACCCACAUCUCUGAUACCUCUGUUGUUCUGUCCAUGGACAACAACCGUUCUCUGGAUCUGAAUAGCAUCAUUGCUGAAGUCAAGGCUCAGUAUGAAGAGAUUGCUCAGAGGAGCAGGGCUGAGGCUGAGUCCUGGUACCAGACCAAGUAUGAGGAGCUGCAGAUCACAGCUGGCCGCCAUGGGGAUGACCUCCGCAAUACCAAGCACGAGAUCUCUGAGAUGAACCGAAUGAUUCAGAGGCUGAGAGCUGAGAUUGAUAACGUCAAGAAGCAGUGUGCUAACCUGCAGAAUGCCAUUGCUGAAGCUGAGCAGAAGGGCGAGAUGGCCCUCAAGGAUGCCAAGGCCAAAUUAGAAGAUCUAGAAGCUGCUCUUCAGAGAGCCAAACAGGACAUGGCCCGCCAGCUGCGUGAAUACCAGGAGCUGAUGAAUGUCAAGCUGUCCCUGGACAUUGAGAUUGCCACCUACAGGAAGCUGCUGGAGGGAGAGGAGUGCAGAAUGAGUGGAGAAGGUGUGGGACCAGUCAACAUCUCUGUUGUGAGCUCCACAGUCUCCAGUGGAUAUGGCAGUGGCAGUGGCAGUGGUGUUGGAGGCGGUUUUGGUAUGGGUGGAGGAAGUGGUUAUUCCUAUGGUAGCGGCAGCGGCUACAACGUGGGAGGAGGACUCAGCGUUGGAGGCGGCUUCAGCUCCGGCAGUGGGAGAGGGUCUCUGGGAGGCAGCAGCACCAGUGUGAAGUACACCACGACCACAUCUUCCAGCAGGAAGAGCUACAAGCACUAACGUGUCUACCAGAUUACUGGCUCCGGAAUGCCUCAAGCCCCUGCUUCUUGUUCCUAACCCUUAGCAUCAAUGCGCUAUCCUUUUGGCUGCUGCAGAUGUUGGGGUUGGUUUCUAGAUCCCUCCCCCCAACCUUUGAUCUUUUCUUGCACCCAGGAUUGGGACCAAAAGUUUAAAUGCCUUAUACUUACCAGCUGGAUUAUUUCUCAUUGAGUAUGAACUUCCAAUCAUAAGAUUGUUGAGAAUAUCAGUGAACAUGGUCACACAAGUUCUAUCUGACCCCCUUAUCCAGCUAUCAGAAUAUCUACUUAUUGUCUUUAAGUUCCUAAGUCUGGGACCUUGGAAAAAUACUCAAGUGUCCUUCCUAAGCACAGACACUGACUUUUGGAUUUGAAAGAAGCUUGUACUUGACCACCUUCAGCUAGCCAUUUGGAGCUACAUGUCUACUGAAUCUCCUUGUGCUAAAAAAGCAGUGAUGCUGAUGUUUUCUUGCAGUGUACCUGAAAAUGGAAAUGAUAUAAGUAGAAAGACUACAGGAACUGUAUCCUUAUGACAUUUCUUUGGUCCCUUCCAUCUCUUAUACUUGUCCAAAUAAAGCAGAUUUAUAAUAUA